AUGUCACAAACAAACGGCACCGGCGCCGUCAACGCCAACCGGACAGUUCCCGUCAUCAAUGGCAAAGCCACCUAUGCCGAGAAGCACAAGGUAGCCGACCACUUCAUCGGCGGCAACCGGUUAGAAAAUGCCGCCCCGUCAAAAGUCAGGGAUUUCGUCGCCACGCACGAUGGCCACACUGUGAUCACAAAUGUUCUAAUCGCCAACAAUGGUAUUGCUGCUGUCAAAGAGAUUAGGUCGGUACGGAAGUGGGCCUACGAGACGUUCGGUGACGAAAGGGCAAUUCAGUUUACGGUGAUGGCUACGCCGGAAGACUUGGCAGCCAACGCCGACUACAUCAGAAUGGCAGACCACUACGUCGAGGUUCCGGGUGGUACAAAUAAUCACAAUUAUGCUAACGUCGAGUUGAUUGUGGAUAUUGCCGAGCGGAUGAACGUUCAUGCUGUAUGGGCGGGAUGGGGACACGCCUCGGAGAACCCCAAGCUCCCGGAAUCUCUGGCAGCAUCGCCCAAAAAGAUCGUGUUCAUCGGCCCCCCCGGGUCCGCCAUGCGUUCCCUCGGUGACAAGAUUUCCUCUACCAUCGUCGCGCAACAUGCCCGGGUACCAUGUAUUCCGUGGUCGGGAACGGGCAUCGAUCAAGUGGAGGUGGACGACAAUGGCCUUGUCACCGUCGCCGAGGACGUGUACAUGAAGGGCUGCGUCGGCUCCUGGGAGGAAGGACUGGAAAAGGCCCGAGAAAUCGGAUUCCCCGUCAUGAUCAAGGCGUCCGAGGGCGGCGGCGGCAAGGGCAUCCGAAAGGCCUUGUCCGAAGAGGGGUUCGAGCAGCUUUACAAGGCUGCUGCGAAUGAGAUUCCCGGCUCGCCAAUUUUCAUCAUGAAGCUGGCGGGCAACGCACGCCAUUUAGAAGUGCAGCUCCUUGCCGACCAGUAUGGUAAUAACAUUUCGCUUUUUGGCCGAGAUUGUUCAGUGCAGCGUAGGCACCAGAAGAUCAUCGAAGAAGCCCCUGUCACGAUCGCCAAGCCGUCGACAUUUAAGGGCAUGGAAGACGCCGCCGUGAGGCUCGGCCGCUUGGUAGGCUACGUUUCCGCCGGCACAGUGGAAUAUCUGUACUCUCACGACGACGACGAGUUCUAUUUCCUGGAGUUGAAUCCUCGCUUGCAGGUCGAGCAUCCGACCACCGAGAUGGUGAGCGGUGUUAAUCUCCCUGUGGCCCAGCUUCAAGUUGCCAUGGGUAUUCCCCUGCACCGGAUCAGCGACAUCCGCUUGCUCUACGGACUCGACCCUAAGUCGUCCACAGAGAUUGAUUUCGAGUUCAAGGAUCCCCAAAGUGACAAGACGCAGCGCCGGCCGCAUCCGCGUGGUCACUGCACGGCUUGCCGAAUAACCUCCGAGGACCCUGGCGAGGGCUUCAAGCCUUCCAAUGGUGUCAUGCACGACCUCAACUUCCGAAGCAGCGCCAACGUAUGGGGUUACUUUUCCGUCAGUACCGCUUCCAGUAUUCACAGCUUCUCCGACAGCCAAUUUGGCCAUAUCUUCGCCUAUGGUGAGAGCCGUGCUGCAUCUCGCAAGAACAUGGUGGUUGCGCUGAAGGAACUCUCUAUCCGUGGCGACUUCAGAACCACCGUCGAGUAUCUCAUCAAGCUGCUGGAGACUGAGGCCUUCGAGGAGAAUACCAUUACGACCGGCUGGCUCGAUGAGCUAAUUUCUAAUAAGCUGACCGCCGAACGCCCGGACCCUAUGCUCGCCGUCGUGUGCGGAGCCACAACCAAGGCGCACAUUGCCAGCGAGGCUUGCAUAGCUGAGUACCGCUCUGGGCUGGAGAGGGGUCAGGUGCCUUCCAAGGAUAUCCUCAAGACCGUGUUCCCGGUCGACUUCAUUUACGAAGGGCACCGAUACAAGUUUACCGCGACCCGCGCGGCCGUUGACAGUUACCACCUCUUCAUCAACGGGUCCAAAUGUUCGGUCGGUGUACGUGCGCUUAGCGACGGCGGCCUUCUCAUCCUCCUCGAUGGACGAAGCCAUAGCUUGUAUUGGAAGGAAGAAGUCGGUGCCACUCGCAUCUCGGUGGACAGCAAGACUUGCCUGCUCGAGCAAGAAAACGACCCAACUCAACUUCGAUCGCCCAGUCCUGGAAAGCUCGUCAAGUACACUGUGGAGAAUGGCGAACACGUGAGGGCCGGUCAGACCUUUGCCGAGGUGGAGGUCAUGAAGAUGUUCAUGCCCCUAGUGGCCCAGGAGGAUGGUACGGUGCAACUCAUCAAGCAGCCGGGCAUCACGAUUGAAGCCGGCGAUAUCCUCGGCAUUCUUGCCCUCGACGACCCUAGCCGUGUCAAGCAAGCGCAGCCAUUCCUCGGACAGCUUCCUGAGUUUGGACCUCCGCAGGUUGUCGGAAACAAACCGGCGCAGAGGUUCGACUUGACCUAUAACACGCUGAGGAACAUCCUGUUGGGCUACGACAACUCUGUCAUCAUGCAGCAGACGGUGAAGGAGAUGAUUGAGGUUUUGAGGGAUUCCGAAUUGCCCUAUAGCGAAUGGGCGUCCCGCCACUCCGCUCUACACUCAAGGAUGCCGCAAAAGCUGGACGCGCAAUUCACCCAGGUCGUCGACCGAGCCAAAGCUCGGGCCGUCGAGUUUCCGGCGAAGGCACUGUCUAGGACUCUUUCGAAAUUCUUGGACGAUAAUACCCCGCCUGGUGAAGCUGAGAGUCUACGGGAUACUAUCGCGCCUCUUAUAGAAGUUCUAGACAACUAUGCCGACGGCCAAAAAUCGCGGGAGCUUAAUGCCAUCGCCAGCUUGCUCGAUGCCUAUGCCGACGUCGAAGCCCGCUUCUCGGGUCGGCGCAGCCAGGACGAGGAGGUAAUCCUCAAGCUCCGCGAGGAGAACAAGGAGGAUUACAUGAAGGUUAUCCAGAUUGUCCUGUCUCACAGCCGUGUUGGUUCCAAAAACCACCUGAUUCUGGCUCUUCUCGAGGAGUACCGCCCAAAUAAGCCGAACGUCGGCAACGUUGGGAAGUUCCUCCGACCUGUUCUGCGGAAACUUACCGAACUAGAAUCCCGCCAGACAGCUAAGGUCUCUUUAAAGGCUCGAGAAAUAUUAAUCCAAUGUGCACUCCCGUCCCUGGAAGAGCGGACGGCGCAGAUGGAGCACAUUCUGCGUUCCUCUGUUAUCGAAAAUAAGUAUGGGGAGACUGGCUGGGAACAUAGAGAGCCCAACUUCGAUGUUAUUAAAGAGGUUGUCGACUCCAAGUAUACCGUGUUUGACGUACUGUCGUCGUUCUUUGCUCACGACGACCCUUGGGUGUCGGCUGCCGCUCUUGAGGUUUACGUCCGCCGGGCCUACCGCGCUUAUAACUUCAAGAAGUUGGAAUACCACAACGACGAAUUGGACACGGCGCCGGCGUUCCUAUCCUGGGACUUCUCUUUCCGAAAGAUCGGGCAAACCGAAUUUUCCGUCCCCGUCCAGUCGGCCAACCCCUCCGUCCCUGGCACUCCCACCACAGAAGGCUUUCACCGGAUAAGUUCCGUUAGUGAUAUGUCUUAUCUGAACAGACGGACUGAGGAGGAGCCCACCCGCAAGGGCGUCGUCGUUCCCUGCAAAUAUCUGGAUGAGGCCGACGAAGUGUUCCAGAAGGCUCUGGAGGUACUACCGACCAAAAGGCAGCGAUUCCCUGGGCUUAUUCCCGACCUCAGCGGCAAGCGCAAAUCGUUUCCCGUGCGGGCGGAAGAGGAAGAACUCACUAAUGUCAUCAAUGUUGCGGUCCGUGACGCCGAGUCUUAUGAUGACAAAGACAUCCUCGAACGCAUCAACAACUUGCUGAGCUCGUUCAAGCAAGAACUUAUCGCACGCCGCGUUCGCCGCGUGACCUUCAUUUGUGGCCACAACGAUGGCGCGUACCCGGGUUAUUAUACUUUCCGCGCGCCCGAGUAUUACGAGGAUAGGAGUAUUCGUCAUGCUGAGCCGGCGCUGGCCUUCCAGCUGGAGCUCGCGCGUCUCGCCAAGUUCAAGAUCUCCCCGGUCUUCACGGAGAACAAGAACAUCCACGUUUAUGAGGGCAUUGGCAAAGGCGUCGACGCCGACAGGCGAUAUUUCACCCGUGCCGUGAUACGGCCUGGUCGUCUUCGAGACGAUAUCCCGACAGCUGAAUACCUCGCCUCAGAGGCUGAUCGGGUGAUCAACGACAUCUUCGACGCCCUCGAGAUCAUCGGUAACAACCACUCCGAUUUGAACCAUAUGUUCCUCAACUUCACGCCGGUCUUUCAGCUGCAGCCCCAGGAAGUUGAGCAGUCUCUCCAAGGCUUCUUGGACAGGUUCGGCCCUCGUGCCUGGCGCCUUCGUGUCUCCCAAGUCGAAAUUCGCAUCAUCUGCACAGACUCAGCCACCGGAAUGCCUUACCCGCUGCGUGUCAUUAUCACCAACACAUCUGGGUAUAUCAUCCAAGUCGAACUCUAUGUCGAGAGGAAGUCGGAGAAAGGAGAAAUGGUCUUCUAUUCCAUUGGCGGCACCACCAAGAUCGGGUCGAUGCACUUACUGCCUGUCUGCACGCCGUACCCGACGAAGAACUGGCUCCAGCCCAAGCGCUACAAGGCGCACCUGAUGGGAACCCAGUACGUGUACGAUUUCCCAGAGCUCUUCCGACAAGCUGUCGAGAACACCUGGGCGAAGACCGCCAAGGAAAUACCGUCCUUAGCCGACAAGAAGCCUGCGCAGGGCGAAUGCAUCGAUUACAGCGAGCUAGUUCUCGACGACCACGACAAGCUGAUAGAGGUUUCCCGUGAACCUGGUACCAACGCAUGCGGUAUGGUCGGAUGGGUUAUCAAUGCCCGCACACCUGAAUAUCCCAAGGGGCGAAAGUUCGUCGUCGUCGCCAACGAUAUUACUUACAAGAUCGGGUCGUUCGGCCCCAAGGAAGAUCACUUCUUUAACAAGUGCACGGAAUUGGCUCGUAGUUUAGGUAUUCCUCGCAUCUACCUCUCGGCUAACUCGGGUGCACGACUGGGCCUGGCGGAAGAGUUGAUUCCCCAUUUCAAAGUUGCUUGGAAUGAUCCGUCGCGGCAGGAAGGUGGCUUCAGGUAUCUCUACCUAGAUGACGCCGCAAAAAAGCGAUUUGAGGACGGCGCUAGGCGCGACGUCAUCACGGAGACGGUCACUGAAAACGGGGAGACGCGUCACAAGAUCGUCGCCAUCGUGGGUGCUGAAGAUGGCCUGGGUGUCGAAUGUCUAAGGGGGUCCGGUCUUAUUGCCGGCGCCACGAGCCGCGCAUACAACGAUAUAUUCACCGUCACCCUCAUCACUUGCAGAUCCAUCGGUAUUGGCGCCUACCUUGUCCGCCUGGGCCAGCGUGCCGUUCAGAUCGAAGGCCAACCCAUCAUCCUGACUGGCGCUCAAGCCCUCAACAAUCUACUUGGCCGCGAAGUUUAUACGUCUAACUUGCAGCUCGGCGGCACCCAGAUCAUGUACCGAAAUGGCGUGUCCCACUUGACCGCCAACGAUGAUUUCGCCGGCGUUUCCAAGAUUGUGGAAUGGCUAUCCUUCGUGCCCGCUCAGCGCGGUCUCCCGGUGCCAAUCACACCUAGUCUAGAUGUCUGGGACCGCGAGGUCAUCUACACCCCGCCGAACAAGCAGCCGUACGAUGUCAGAUGGCUUAUCGGUGGCAAGGAAGACGAAGACGGAUUCCAAUCUGGCCUCUUCGACAAGGACUCUUUUGUCGAGAGUCUCGGCGGCUGGGCCCGAACGGUUGUGGUGGGCCGCGCUCGUCUCGGUGGUAUCCCGAUGGGUGUUAUUGCUGUGGAGACUAGAACCGUGGAGAACGUCACUCCGGCUGACCCUGCCAACCCCGACUCCAUCGAGCAAGUUACCAACGAAGCUGGCGGUGUCUGGUAUCCUAACUCCGCGUAUAAGACCGCGCAAGCCAUUAACGACUUCAACUAUGGCGAACAGCUUCCUCUCAUGAUCCUCGCUAACUGGAGAGGCUUCUCCGGCGGCCAGCGCGACAUGUACAACGAGGUCUUGAAAUAUGGCUCUUACAUCGUCGACGCUCUCGUCAAGUAUGAGCAACCUAUAUUUGUGUACAUUCCGCCCUUCGGCGAGCUACGCGGCGGUUCUUGGGUCGUCGUCGACCCUACGAUCAACCCCGUGGCUAUGGAAAUGUACGCCGAUGCCGAAGCCCGCGCUGGUGUUCUAGAGCCGGAGGGUAUCAUCGGGAUCAAAUAUAAGAAGGAGAAGCAGCUGGAGACGAUGGCCCGCCUCGACCCGACUUACGCCUCACUCAAGAAGCAGGCGACCGACAACAAUCUCUCUAAGGAGGAGCUCGAAGAAGUUAAAGAGAGGAUGGUGGAUCGCGAGAAGGCGCUGCUUCCCAUAUACGCACAGAUCAGUCUACAAUUCGCUGACCUGCACGACCGCGCUGGUCGCAUGAAGGCCAAGGGCACUAUUCGCGAGGUGCUCGAGUGGAAGAACGCACGCCGGUUCUUCUACUGGCGUGUGCGUAGACGUCUCAAUGAGGAGCAUAUCCUCAAGCGCAUGGCGGCUGCGGCGACCUCAGCGAAGGCCACUGACUUGAACAGCGCCGCGGCUACCGAAACCCGCCAGCACCACCUCCGCCUGCUAACUGCCUGGUCUGGUAUCGCCGACUUUGGGCAAAACGAUCGGGAUGUGGCGAACUGGUACGAGGAGAACACCGAGACAAUACAGGCCAAGGUGGAUCAGAUCAAAGCAGAGACCGUCUCUCGCGAGGUGGGCGACCUCCUGAGGGCAGACAAGACUGCCGCCCUCAAGGGCCUUAAAGACCUCUUGCACAUGAUGCCUGUCGACGAGCGGGAUGAGGUCUUGAAGUACCUGAAGUGA